AUGUCUCUCGGUGUAAGCGCCACUUCAUUCCUCGUCAAUCUCCCUAAUUGCCCCUUGCUGAUUGCCUAUGCAGCUUCUCGGCCCCGCAGCUCAACGAGAGGUCCUCUAGAUGCACCAGACGAUCCACUUGCAACUUUCAGCUUACCUGGUUCGCCAACCAAACGCAAAUCAAUGCUUGCUUCAGAUCAGUUCACCGGGGCAUCAUUCCACGAGCUAGAUCCGCUCGCCCCAGAUGAUCUACCAGAAACCUUGGGGAAGGACCUCUCUUUUCUGCUCCGACACAACAUUUACCACCCUCUUUCUCAUAUCGAUAUUCCCCCACCUUUGCGCUCCGAAUUCAUUAUCCUUAAUCCGGGAGAACCCCUAUCAACCUCUCUUAGCACCCUCGAGAAGGUAGUGGCUGAGGGUCGGUUCCUCGUUGCGGCGCAUUUCGCUGCAGCCAUUUUGACAUCGUCUUUGAUCUCUUCGACGGAUUUAAAAAUCGUAUUCUCCCUAUUUUACACCCGACUGGCGUGUUUGGAUCUGUCAGGAAAUACAGUUCUUGCGGCACAAGAAUCGAAGGCUCUCGAGGACUUGAGCUCGGCAUUUUACUACAUCGAUCUCACCCUGGACAAGCACGGGGCUUCCCAAAAUGAUAGUCAUGAACCAGUUCAUGCUCCUGCGCCCGAUCCUCGUCAUAUCGUCCCGUGGCCUCUUCGCGUGCUCGCUGUGCGACUCCAGAGUAUUGGCUUUGGUGAUUCACGCAGAAGUAUUGGUGGGCUGUAUGAGAUUGGCUUGGAGGCACGCAGAGAAAUCAUUCGAAGCGAAACCAGUGAGGAUGAACGGAAAUUAUGGCGAGAGAGACUGGCAGACUUGGGUGUAAGAAGUGUGAACUCGUUGAUAGAGAUGGGUGACUUCGAUGCAGCCAGGCGAUCUCUCGAGGCCUUGCAGGUACCUGGGUCAGAGACUGAAACUACCAAAUUCCGGAGAGCAUUAUUGCUUUUACGAAUUGGUGAUCUUGACGCGGCAAGCCAGGUAUUUGGUGGCUCCAAGGACACCAAAGAGGCUGCUCUGUUGGAGCCUCUUCUGAGUAUGGCGGAAGGCCGUUACUCAGAUGCAGUUGCACAAUGGCGAACCCUUGGCGAAGAUAGAACGCGGACAGAUGGGGCUCUAAUAGCUCAGAACAUGGCAGUCUGUCUACUUUACACCGGACAGCUGGAUGAGUCUCGUCAGAUUCUUGGAGCUCAAGUCGCGGCCAACCACUCAUUUUCGGGGUUGGUCUUCAACAUGGCAACGGUCUACGAACUUUGCUCUGAUAAUGCAGGUCAUAUGAAGGGACAACUGGCUGACACGAUCUCCAAACAACCUGUCACAGGACAUACUAAUCUAGAUCGACCGAACUCAGAUCUGAAAUUAUAA